AUGGAAAACCAUAUUCCCCCUGUACUUGAGGCAUCCUCUGUCGCAAUCACGGACGACCACCUUAGCCCGGAUACAGUUGAGAUCGUCACACAUAACAUCCACCAAUCUGCUACAGCCGGAGUUUGCGGUGCCUUCGCUGCGGAACCCUCGCUGCCGUCUCCGUGGUUUGGGCACAUUAGAGAUGGUACCGAGGAUUUUGAAGAGCCUCAUUCGCCAUGCAAGGCGCUGGAGAGUACCGAUGUACGAAGGUUGAGCUUCGUAUCAUUCGCUGAUGUCGUCAAUGCUGAGCAUGCGGAAGCUACCGAUUUUCUCUCUAGUCGUGAAUCCUCUCAAGGGUCACCCUCCAUGCGAAACAGCUCUCCAUCGCCAUUGCAUUCCCCAAGAGUAUUUCAUGAAUUGGAUACAUCUCCGGUCACUAGCACCCCGAAUUCGAUCAAGGCAUUGGACCUUUCUUCGAGGAGGGAAAGUUUUGCCGCAGGUAGCCCACGGUUAGCCGUCCAAAGGCCAAUCUCCCCUAACGUCGGUGGCGAGUUUAACAUAGAGACGAUGCGACAGGCUGUGAGACGAACAGGUAGCGAGGACCUGAUCAUUGCCCAAAACAACUGA